AUGUCAAAAGACUUUCAGUGUUUGACCAUCGAUGUCUUCGGAGCAUUGCCCGAGUCUGGUGGGAACACCGGACCAGCAAUUCUGAAGUAUGCACAGGACGCAUUGAUUUCAGUUGGUGGCGCAUGCGUCUUGGCUCGAACCGCAUGUGCGUGCAAACGGGAGAUUCAGCUGGGUUUCAGAACUCAUCACUCCUCUGGGUCCGACAGACACCGUAACAUAUUUGGGCAUCCACUUAAGAUUCAAGGGGAAAAUGGUUAUCAACCACCGACAGCACAUGCUCAAACUGCUCGAAGAAGUGACGCGUGCCCCAUUGAAUCCACAUCAAAGAAUGGAGGUUACGAGGAAUUCCCUGAUACUGAGGCUGACAUAUUCGCUAGUGCUAUGCCAAGUCCACCGGAACACGCUCAAAAGAUUGGACAAACUACAUCAGGCAAUCUAUUCGUGGCUGGAUACGUCUACCGAAGGACACCCUGA